AUGGCGACCCAGCUGCAGCUUCCGCAGCUGGGCGUCGGCGCGGCUGAUGCCGCGGCGGCACCGGGGCCCUCGGGGGCCGCGCCGCCGGGCGUGGGUCCCAGCGCCGCCCCUGCGCUCGCUGCUGCCCCCACCGGUGCCUUGGGGCUCAACACCAGCAGCGAAUCAGACAUCGAGGUGAUUGAGGAGCGGCCAGGGACAAACCCCACGCCCGCGCCCCCGCCCCGCGCUGGCGCGGCCGCAACGCUCGGCGCCGCUGCGCGGCGGCGAAUGCGGCGGCGGCGUCAGCAGCAGCAGCAGCAGCAGCAGCAGCAGCAGCAGCAGCAGCAGGCGGUACAGCAACAGGAGCAGGGGGCUGUGAUAGACCUGGCCUCGGCGCCCUCAUCCGAUGAGGACGAGGUGCAGUUUGUGGCCAUGCGGCUCGGCAAGCGGCCCCGUGCGGCGCCGGCGCCGGCGCAGCCGCCGGCCCUGCGGCAGCUGGUCGCGCCGCGGCCGGAGCCGCGGGCCAAAGCGAUCACGUGCCCCAUCUGCCUCGAGGCGAUCCAGGACGGACAAAUGGCGUCAACGGCGUGCGGGCACGUGUUCUGCUACUCAUGCAUCAUGAGCUGCAUCAAGGCGACAAAGAGGUGCCCGAACUGCCGCAAGGCCCUGCAGCCGCGCAGCGUCCACAAAAUCUACCUCCCCACGUGA